GAUGCUGAACUUACACGGCGACGUGGAAGACCUGGAGAAGGUGCUGAAGCGGCGUGUGCAGAGCAGGGCGCUCGGCGAGGGUUCGUGCUCUGCGCUGGUCAAGCUUCUACCCGGAAACAAGGACCUCUACUUCGCGCACAACACGUGGACUCAUUACUCCAGCAUGCUGAGGGUCCUCAAGAAGUACAGGCUGCCCUACCGCCACACACCCGAUUCAGAUGUCGUGAUAGCGGGCCACACGACAACCUUCUCGUCCUAUCCGGGCAGGAUCUUCUCCGGAGAUGACUUCUACCUCAUUUCAUCGGGUCUGGCUACCAUGGAGACCACUAUCGGGAACGAGAACGACGACCUGUAUCGGGCCAUCAAGCCGGAAUCCGUUCUGGCAUUCAUCAGGAAUGUAGUGGCCAACCGACUGGCGGAAAAUGGCCAUGAGUGGACCGAUAUAUUUUCGCGCUACAACAGCGGCACGUACAACAACCAGUGGAUGGUGCUGGACUACAAUAAGUUCACUCCUGGAGAGGACUUGCAAGAUGGCCUCCUCCACGUGCUGGAACAGCUGCCUGAAUACAUCAACGUGACGGAUGCCACCGACACUCUGCGUGACGAGACCUACUGGGCGAGCUACAAUGUGCCCGCCUUCGAAUUCAUAUUCAACGUCAGCGGAUGGUGGAGGCUGGUGGAGAAGUACGGCGACUGGUUCACCUACGACCGGACACCGCGGGCUCUCAUGUUCAUGCGUGAUCACCACAAGGUUGUAGACAUGGAGUCCAUGAUGAAUCUGAUGAGGUACAAUGACUACAAGAACGACCCAUUGUCGCGCUGCAACUGCACACCGCCGUACAGCGCCGAGAACGCCAUCUCUGCACGUAGCGACUUGAAUCCGGCCGACGGCGUCUACCCGUUCCAGUCUCUGGGACAUAGGCCACAUGGUGGAACCGAUAUGAAGCUCACAAACUCGUUGUUGUUCGAGAAGCUCGAGUUCGUCUCUGUGAGCGGACCGACCUGGACGCAGCAGCCCCCAUUCCGCUGGAGCACAUCUGGGUUCAAGGACCGCCACGAGGGACACCCCGACCUCUGGAAGUUCGAGCCAUUCAUUCACCACUGGCUCCUGGAGCCGCAGGAAGGGCUCAGAUAUGAGAUUGAACAAACUGGCAACACAGUAAUGGCCGAAGAAAUUAUUUUUUUCCUUUAAGUGCCACGAGACGCUGUGACUAGCAGUCAGCACUGCUAGUGGGCUGUAGCGAAAGCUACUUGCGACUUAAGGUGAAUUAUAAUGUAGUGCUUUUUCUGUAUAAUAAACGUGACUGACCAUGGAGUAUAAAAAACAACAUAAUCGUCAUAGGUUGCUUCUUACAGAACGUUGUGCCUAAACUAAGACGUUGUGUCUGGCUGCCCUUACGGAUACUAAGUAGCAGCUUUUUGUUUUCAAUAGUGUAAACAUUGUGAAAACAAGUUAGGCUGCUGUGGCGCUUGCUUUGAAUUGUUAUGUAAAUAUUUUAUCUACAAGCGGUUCACUUAUUGAGAGUGGCGCUGUAAUCUCUUGGUAUUACGAAGAGCGAGAACAGUAAUUUUUUGUAGACUUGACUUUGCAUCCAUACCACUUAUUUUUCAGUGUACCACACUUGUUUAUCAGACUCGAUAUACUUGUUCAAUAUCGAGAAAUCAGAUCUAGCGCGAAUAUGCUAACGUUGCGUUGGUCGCACGCAACGCAGCGCUCGGAUCUCUUCCAAAGCUUGCUAAAUUGGGGCUACACGCAAAUACCUAACUGUAGACAGUGCUCAGGUAUUUACGGUAUAGAUUCAGGACUUGCCAUAUUAUUGUUCGAAAGGAGUGUUAAACAAGCACACGCAUAAUGUUAGGUGGUAGUGUGGCUUUUGAGUUCUUUGUUUUUCAACUUUCUGUCUUCAUAAGCAUUUGAUUUAUUUUCUUGCGGUGAGGCUUGCCUUAUAUAAUCUUGGUAGCAGUGGCUACACAUUCCUCGCUGGCGAAUGGAAUUCAUUUCAGCCAUUCAAUCACUAUUUGGUAUUUUCAUGCGUCCAGCAGUGGAAAUAAAAUAUAUAGCUCAUGA